CCAAGUUUGAAGACUGAUGCUCUUGUCGUGACUCCAUGUGUAAAGUGGAUAAACAACUGUAAGCUGCAAGGUUUAUACAUCACAGAAGUUUUUUUUAUACGUCUUUUUAAUGAAUAUUCUAUGGACAUUUGACUCAAUGUUGCGCGUACUUUUUGCACUCGGAAUCGCGUGCACAGUAGCAGACAUUUCGGAGGGCGUGGAUUUUAUUCAAAAUACUGAAAAUGACACCCAAACGUCCGCUUUAGAAGCUACUAACACUUCAUCUUUCGACUGCAAAAGCUACACCUCAUGUACUCAAUGUGUGAGUUCACCAUCUCCUUGUGAUUGGUGUAUUGACGGUCAUAGAUGCACUCAUGACACAGAAGAAAAUUGUAGAAAUGACAUACUGGUAACUGGCAUCAGCAGAAUUGGUCCAAGCUAUCGUUCCGGUCCAAGCUUUUGUCCAAUACUAAAGUCAACAUUUGGUGACACAAACGAAAUAUUAGUUCCUUACGGUGCAAAGAAAGCAAUAAAAGUUAGGGUUCAUAUCGUCGGUCAAUUUAUAGUGCAAACCAGAUUUGUAUGUCAGUUUAAAAUUGAAGGUAAAAUUAUCCGUGUAAAUGCCCAACUUCUUGCCGAUACUAUUUACUGUGACCAUGUCGAGUGGACUUAUACUUCCCAUCCUUCAAAUAAAACCGCGUCGUUUGAUGUUAUUUGGGGAGGUUCUAAGCCUUUAGAUAAUCCUUAUAACAUCCAUGUAGUAAUUUACAAUUGUAACGGUAUGGCCGACGAUUGUGGGAAUUGCUUAGAGUUAGCAGAUAAGUUUGGUUGUGGUUGGUGUCAGGGCUCAAAUCGUUGUGAACUGCAAGAUCAAUGUGGAGCUCAAAAUAACUGGCUAGACCGCACCCAAACUUGUCCUAAAACCGAAAUUGACAUUCAAAAUCCCGCCUUAGAAGCUAAUAAUAAUUCUUCGUUUGUCGAAUGCAAUGCCUACACCUCAUGUACUCAAUGUGUGAGUUCACCUUAUCCUUGUGAUUGGUGUGUUGACGGGCAGAGAUGUACUCAUGACACGGCAGAAAAUUGUAGAAAUGAUAUACUCGUAACUGGUGUCAGUAGAACCGGCCCGAGCUUUCGCUCUGGUCCAAGUUUUUGCCCAACACUAAAUUCAACAUUUGACGACACAAAUGAAAUAUUAGUUCCUUUCGGUGCAAAGAAAGCAAUAAAAGUUAGGGUUCAUAUCGUCGGUCAAUUUAUAGUGCAAACCAGAUUUGUAUGUCAGUUUAAAAUUGAAGGUAAAAUUAUCCAUGUGAAUGCCCAACUUCUCGCCGAUACUAUUUACUGUGACCAUGUCGAGUGGACUUAUACUUCCCAUGCUCCAAAUAUAACCGCGUCGUUUGAUGUUAUUUGGGGAGGUACUAAGCCUUUAGAUAACCCUAAUAACAUCCAUGUAGUAAUUUACAGUUGUAACGGUAUGGCCGUCGAUUGUGGGAAUUGCUUAGAGUUGGCAGAUAAGUUUGGUUGUGGUUGGUGUCAGGGCUCAAAUCGUUGUGAACUGCAAGAUCAAUGUGGAGCUCAAAAUAACUGGCUAGACCGCACCCAAACUUGUCCUAAAACCGAAAUUGACAUUCAAAAUCCCGCCUUAGAAGCUAAUAAUAAUUCUUCGUUUGUCGAAUGCAAUGCCUACACCUCAUGUACUCAAUGUGUGAGUUCACCUUAUCCUUGUGAUUGGUGUGUUGACGGGCAUAGAUGUACUCAUGACACGGCAGAAAAUUGUAGAAAUGAUAUACUCGUAACUGGUGUCAGUAGAGUCGGUCCGAGCUAUCGUUCCGGUCCAAGCUUUUGUCCAACACUAAAGUCAACAUAUGACGACACAAACGAAAUAUUAGUUCCUUUUGGUGUAAAGAAAGCAAUAAAAGUUAAGGUUCAUAUCAUCGGUCAAUUUAUAGUACAAACUAGAUUUGUGUGUCAGUUUAAAUUAGAAAGUAAAAUUAUCCAUGUGAAUGCCCAACUUCUUGCCGAUACUAUUUACUGUGACCGUGUCGAGUGGACUUAUACUUCCCAAUCUCCUAAUGUAACGGCGUCGUUUGAUGUAAUUUGGGGAGGUUCUAAGCCACUAGAUAAUCCUAAUAACAUCCAUUUACUUAUUUAUAAAUGUAACGGUAUGGCCGGCGAUUGUGAAAAGUGCCUAAAGCUAGCAGAUAGGUUUGAUUGUGGUUGGUGUCAGGGCUCCAAUCGCUGUAAUUUUAAGAAACAAUGUGAUGCCCAAAGUAUUUGGUUAGACCGCAACCAAACCUGUCCUCGCACUGAAUAAUAGUUAAUAAGCAAGCUAAUUUUUCUCAAUAUAUAAUUUAUAAAAUU